AUGGGCAAUAUAUGUCCGUGGUGUUGUAAAGAUUCCGAUGAUUCACAAGCGAACAAUAAUUAUGGUGACGGGGGAACAGCAAGAAAUUCACAACGUUCAUUAGCUUCUUCAGAAGUCAAUGAUCGAACACCAUUAUUAGGCCAGUCAGGCAGUCAUAAUUCGUAUAAUCUUCCGGUGUCAUCAGUUCCUUUUAAUAAUACACCAAUAAAUACUGAACCAUUAUCAUUUUUAACAACUGUGGAUCCACUACCACCACCACCAAUAUUAAACGAUAACCAUACAGACUCAAGAACAGCUAAAAUACCAUCAAAUGAAACAGCUGAAUCUUCAAUGGCUACCAUUGUUGAACGUAUGUUACCUGAUUUAAUUGAUGUUGGUGGUUGGGGUGCAACUACACAUCAGUCAAAUACAAAUAAUCAACAAUUAAAUGCACAAAAUGACCAUUUGAAGCAAUUAUUAAGUAAAUCCUUACAAUCAACUCGAACAACGAUAUUACCUGAUGCUGGUGCAUCAAAUUUAUCAUCUUUACUUUCAAAUCGACCGAUAUCAGCUGAUAUAUGCCAUUUUGUAGCACAUACAGCUAGCGAAUUAUCCCGUUUAUUAAUCGAUGAAAUAAAGAUUGUUCAUAAAGAAGACCUUUCUACGUCUAAUGUCGAAAAAGAUGAUAGUACUCAUACAAGUGAUAGAAGUACUGUUACAACAGAUGAUGAAUUUUUCGAUGAACUUAUGGAUGUUCCACCGGAAUUUGAAGAUUGUUUAAUUCCUGAUAAAUGUCAAAAUGAAAUAACAGCUCUUGAACAUUUAAUAAAAUGUCUCAAUCGUCGUUUCAAUGCAUACCCAGUGGUUUGUAUGGGUACAUUAGAAAAUGCUGUCAAAGAAGCAUUUGGUUCAACUGAUAUUAAUAAACGCUGUCCACUUUUAAUCUAUGUUAAUAAUGAUAAAAGUAUUUAUACAAAUUUAUUUUGUAAACAACUUUUAUGUAAUGAUAAGAUUAUUGAAUAUUUAAUGAGUAAUUAUGUACUUUGGGCAUGGGAUGUAACAUAUGAAUCAAAUGGACAAAAGUUAAACGAGAUGUGCAAAACUAUUUUUGCACCAUGGACUGCGGAUAAACGAUUUGAUACAAAUGCACUUGAUAAAUACCCAUUGUUACUGGCUAUUAAUCGUGAUACUGAUGGUAAUUAUGUGUUCAAUCGUCUUAUCGAAGGUUCAGAUAAGAAACUCAGUACAACAGAAUUCCUUGAUUGUUUAACAGAAUUCAAAGAUAAAUUCAUUUCAACCGAACAACAAUUAGAAAAAGCGAAAGAAGAUGCAAAACAACGAAGAUUGUUUGAUCUAUUAUGUUCUCGUGAUAUUCAUCGUCAAGCAAAACAUAGUAAAGGUCGUGAUUUCUUACGUUCAAUGUCAAUGUUACCUCAUAUGGGUCAUGAUAAUAUUUCAAGUAGACGUGCUGCUCAAUUUACUCGUUUAUUAAGUGGUGAUGUAAAUAUGCAUCAAAAUCCUGAUGAAUUUUUUUCCGGUAAUUUUCCAAGUAGAGAAGAUAUAAUAAAUGCAUUCGAACAAUUUCAAAUGGUUGCCGAAGAUGCCGAUGAUGAAGAAGAUGAUGAUCGAACACCAACUGUUGAACGUCCAUCAAUGAAAUUUCCAUAA